GCAUACCUAACACUGCUAUUCUAAUAUCCAUUUAGCUGUUCUUCACUUUUAAAGCGUAGCGUUUACGUGUAUAUACUUGCCCACUUCAAUCAUAUCAUAUAUACAUAAAGGAUCGGAUAUACACAAACACAAACAAACAGAAAAUGUCCAAGGGAAACUGGGAGGAGAUCGGAGCUAAGAAGCGGCAGCAGCUCGCGAGCUCGAUCCCAGCGGAGUGGCGGAUCCCGCCGCACCUGCAGCCGGCCGACGACGAGGACGACGUGACCGGCUUCCCCGAACGCUCCGGCGGCUUCUUCACCCCCUCCGAGCUCGCCAUCACGAGCCAGACCGCCUCGGAGCUUCUCCCCAAACUCGCCUCGGGCGAGCUGACCUCCGAGGCCGUCACCCGCGCCUUCUGCAAGCGCGCCGCCGUCGCCCACCAGCUCGUCAACUGCCUCUCCGAAACCUGCUUCGACCGCGCUCUCGCCACCGCCAAGCGCCUGGACCUGCACCUCGCGCACACGGGCAAGACCGUCGGCCCCCUCCACGGCCUCCCCAUCUCCCUAAAGGAUAACUUCCACCUCGUGGGCCUCGACUCCACCGUCGGCAUGUCCGCGCACGUCGACGACCCGGCCCCCCACGAUGCCGUGCUCGCGGACCUCCUCCAAGCCGCCGGCGCCGUCUUCUACGUGAAGACGAACGUGCCGACCGCCAUGAUGAUCGCCGAGAGCGUGAACCACGUCUUCGGGCGCACCGUCAACCCUCGAAACCGGAAACUCACCAGCGGCGGCAGCUCCGGCGGCGAGAGCGCGCUGAUUCUAUUCAAGGGAAGCCCAUUGGGCGUCGGCACCGACAUCGGCGGCUCCCUGCGCAUCCCCGCCGCGUGCACGGGGAUCUUCACGCUGAAGCCCAGCUUCGGGCGCUUCCCCACCCUGCGCUGCCGCAGCGGGAUGCCGGGCCAGGAGGCCGUGCAGUCGAUCAACGGCCCGCUGACGCGCACGCUGGAGGACCUGGAGCUGUACAGCCGCACGGUCGUGGGCGCCGAGCCCUGGAAGCUCGACCCCCGGUGCCUGCCGAUCCCGUGGCGCCCCGUCGGCCCCCAGCUGCAGGGCAGGAAGCUGAAGAUCGCAGUCAUGUGGGACGACGGCAUGGCGCUGCCCACGCCCCCCGUGACGCGGGCCCUGCGCCUCGCCGCCGAGAAACUCGCAUCCGCGGGCCACGAGAUCACAGCCUGGUCGUCGGAGGACCAGACCGCGGGCUACGACCUGCUGAACCAGAUGUUCCUCGCGGACGGCGGGCGCGCGAUCGCGCGCGAGCUGGAGCGCACGGGCGAGCCCUGGAGGCCCGAGAUGCAGAUGUACGCCGACGCCGCGGAGCUGACCACCCUGCAGUGCUGGCACAUGCACCUCGAGCGCCAGGCCUACCAGAAGCGGUACCUGGAUCGCUGGCUAGGCGCCGGGAUCGACGCCGUGCUGUGCCCCACGACGCCGUAUAGCAGUGUGGAGAACGGGAAGUUCAGGCAUGUUGGCUACACAGGCGUCUGGAACGUCCUAGACUACGCGUGCAUAUCUUUCCCUAGCGGCGUCAGCGUUGACAAGGCCGUCGAUGUCGCGCUGGGCGACACCUAUAAGCCGCUUUCGGAGACGGAUCGCAUUAUACAGACGGAAUAUGAUCCCGAGGCGGUGCACGGAAUGCCCGUCAACUUACAACUAGUAGCCCAGAGACUUGAGGAGGAGAAGUGCGUGGAGAUGUGCAAGGUCGUGCUCGAUGCGAUAUCAUAGAUAACCUGCUUAUUCGAAAUCAAAAUUUACAUACCCAGCAUAUCUAGGUAGACACAGGAGGACAAGAUGGUGCCUAGAG